UACUCAAGAAGUUAUAGACUAUGCUUUGACAAGGUCAUUUUGCUCGAGAUGAUGUUAUUUUUUGAGGACGGAUGAAAUGACAAUAAAAUAGAGUGAUGAUGAGCUACAUAUCAUGGCUAGCCGUCAUCGUCAUCGUCGUCGUCGUCAUCAUCCCCGCCUUUGCAAGAGCGCAGCAAUACGGCUGCUUCGGCGGCAACUACACUUCAAACUCCACAUACGCCGCCAACCUCAACUCCCUCCUCUCAUCCCUCCCACCUAACCUAAACGACGCCGCUUUCUACAACGCCUCCUCCCUUCUCCCCAACACCACCGAUCCCGCCUACGCCUCCGCCCUCUGCAGACCCGACUCCCAGCUCGACACGUGCCGCUCCUGCAUCCGAAACUCCACCGCCGAGCUCCUCACCCUCUGCUCCAACCGCACCCAAGCCGCCCUCUUCAAACCCCUCUGCACCCUCCGCUACUCCGACACCUCCAUGUACGGCCUCCUCUCCGAGGCCUACUCCGUCACCGGCCGCUCCACCACCAACCUCUCCACGUCCGACCAGUUUAGGACGGACGUGAGAGCGCUGCUGGGCAAUCUGAGCGCCCAGGCGGCCGCGGGUGGGCCCAUGCUGAAGGUGGCGGCGGGGAAUUCGAGCGGUGGCUCUGUAUUCGCGCUGGUGCAGUGCACGCCGGAUCUGUCGUCGAGGGACUGCUCCAACUGCCUGUCGGGGCUGGUGCAGCGCCUUCCGCGGUGUUGCAAUGGUUCGACUUUCGUGAUCAUGUUUGUGCCGAGUUGCAAUCUCCAUUUCCAGCUUGAACAGUUUUAUAAUCUAACUAGGCUUGAGCAAGUGCGAGCGAUGGUAGAUGCGUCUUCGCCUCCGCCUUCUCCACUUGUCGUGCCACCUACACCUUCUCCGCCACCAGGAAAGGGUGGUGGUAAUAAAACUCGAACUAUCAUCUUGAUUGUGGUGCCGAUUGGUUCUGGUCUUGUUCUAAUUUGUGUUUGCAUUUGCAUUUUCUUGAGAAGAAGAUUGAAGAGAAAUCCUGAGGAAGUCAGCCAGAACUAUAGUGAGGAGAUAAGCACAGUAGAAUCCCUUCUUUAUGAUUUUGAAAAGAUCAAAGCUGCGACCAACGAUUUCUCUGAGAGUAACAAGCUCGGAGAAGGUGGAUUUGGUGUUGUCUAUAAGGGAAAACUUGAAGAUGGCGGAGAAAUUGCAGUGAAAAGGCUGUCUAAAAACUCGGGGCAAGGGGACGAAGAAUUCAAGAACGAAGUGUUGUUAAUGGCCAAGCUCGAGCACAGGAAUCUGGUCCGGCUGCUGGGAUUCUCGCUGAAAGGAGCGGAGAAGCUUCUCGUAUAUGAAUUUGUUCAAAAUGGAAGCCUGGAUGGCUUCAUAUUUGACCGGAUCAAGCAUGAGCCCCUUGAUUGGAAUACACGCUACAAAAUCAUAAGGGGCAUCGCGAAGGGACUUGUUUAUCUGCACAACGACUCUGGCUUCCGUAUCAUUCACCGCGAUCUCAAAGCGGCUAACGUGUUAUUAGACUCAGAGAUGGAUCCUAAGAUAGCUGAUUUUGGUAUGGCCAGGUUGUUUUUUCAAGACCAAAGUGGAAGUAAUACGAGGAGAAUUGUUGGAACCUUUGGAUACAUGUCCCCGGAAUAUGCAAGGCAUGGGAAAAUCUCAGUGAAGCUAGACGUCUUCAGCUUCGGCGUGCUAUUGCUAGAGAUUGUCAGUGGGCAGAGAAACGGCUCUUUUCGAAAUCCAGACAGCCGGGAGAAUGUGGAAUACAUGCUGAGUUUUGCAUGGAGAAAAUGGCAGGAGGGGGGAGCGAAGAAGAUGAUCGAUCCGGUGUUGAUGGGAGGUGAUGAAGAAGUUAGUGUGGGUGAUAUGUUGAGAUGCAUUCACAUAGGUUUGUUGUGCGUGCAAGAAAAGGGGGAGCAGAGGCCGACCAUGGCGUCGGUUCAAGUCAUGCUCAGUAGCGUCUCAGUGACACUGCCGCUGCCUUCCAAACCUGCGUAUUUCAGUUCGGCUGCGAAAGAGAUCCAGACGGAGCUUCCCAAAGCUUACGACACUCAAAAUGAUGCUUCUAUAACAGAUCUAAACCAAACUAAGAUGACUUCCCGAACAUGCGUUCUUCUCUUCAUUCUGGCCAUCCUCUCCGGCACCGUGACGGCGCAGAACUACGGUUGUUUUGAGGGAAACUACACCACCAACAGCACAUACAGCACCAACCUCAACUCCCUCAUCUCAUCUUUUCCACCAAACAUACAACACAACGGAUUCUACAACGGCACAGCGGGCCAAGCCCCGGACCGAGCCUACGCCACCGCGCUCUGCAGAACCGACUUUCAGCUCGAGGAGUGCCGCACCUGCCUCCGAGAAGCUGUCCCGGAGCUUCUCCGGUUGUGCCCCAACCGGAGACAGGGGAUCCUGUUCAGAGACAAAUGCACGCUGCGCUAUUCCGAUGAAUCACUUGCCGAGGGCGCCGCAACUGACGGUUACACUAUCUUUUCCAGGAGUCCCCAGACUGCACGGAGUCCUGAGCAGUUUAACCAGAAACUGUGGGGGCUGCUGAAGGAUCUCCGCGGACAGGCGGCCGCAGGAGGGCCGUUGAUGAAGAGCGCGGCAGGGAAUGAGACGGGGCCGAGUUUUCAGGACAUAUUCGCCCUGGUGCAGUGCGGGCCUGGUCAAUCAGAAGCGGGCUGCGAGCGUUGUUUGAUCAACGCCGAGCAAUUUGUGUGUUGUGAAAACAGCACGGCAGUAGUAGUACUUAUGCCCCGCUGUACUAUGCAAUAUGAUGUUGUACCCUUUUACAAUAUCACUCGGAUUCAAGAGGUGCAAGCGUUAGUAUUGCCGCUCCCUCCUCCUCCUCCUCCGCCGCCGCCAGUGCCCCCACCAUCGUCGGGUAAUACCAGUCGAACUGUGAUCAUCAUUCUUGUUCCAAUUUUGGCUUCUCUGCUUCUCGCUGCUUUUGUUGGAAUAAUCGUCACAAAGAGAUACAAGAAGAAAACAGAGGACAUAACAACAUUACAAGGCGAGGAUGAAGUUGUAAGUGCUCAAGAAUCGCUUUUAUACGAUUUCAAGCAACUUGUAGCUGCCACAAACAAUUUCUCCACUAGUAACAAACUUGGAGAAGGAGGAUUUGGUGCAGUUUAUAAGGGAAAACUUCAAAGUGGCCAACAAAUUGCAGUCAAAAGGCUAUCAAGGAAUUCAGGGCAAGGAGAAUUGGAGUUUAAGAAUGAAGUGUUAUUAAUGGCCAAGCUUCAACAUAGAAAUUUAGUAAGGUUGUUGGGAUUCUCACUAAAAGGAUCGGAAAGGCUUCUCGUCUAUGAAUUUGUUCAAAAUGGAAGCCUAGACUGCUCUAUUUUUGAUCCGAUGAAGCGUUCACUUAUUAAUUGGGAGAGUCGGUACAAGAUCAUAAAAGGCAUUGCCAAGGGACUUGUUUAUCUGCACGAAGAGUCGUGUGUACGCAUAAUUCAUCGUGAUCUCAAAGCGAGCAACAUACUCCUAGAUGGGGACAAGAAUCCCAAAAUCUCCGAUUUUGGUAUGGCAAGAUUGUUUCAACAGGAUGAAACACGAGGCAAUACACGUAGAAUUGUUGGUACCUACGGAUAUAUGGCACCUGAAUAUGCGCGACAAGGGGAUUUCUCGAUUAAAUCUGACGUGUUUAGCUUUGGAGUGCUGGUGUUGGAGAUUAUCUGCGGACAAAGUAACAACUCUUUCAAGAAUGUGGAAAAUGGAGAGAACGUAGAAUAUAUGCUUAGUUAUGCUUGGAGAAAUUGGUGUGCGGGAAGAGGGAGGAAGUUGAUUGAUCCCGCAUUGAUGUCUGCUUCAACCCCUAUACAUGAUGUUAUGAAAUGUAUUCAUAUCGGUUUGUUGUGCGUUCAGAAAAAUGCAAGGGAUCGGCCGCCGAUGGCUUCUGUUUUGGUAAUGCUUCAUAGCUUCUCUGCCACAUUUUCGGUGCCUUUGGAGCCGGCGUUUUUCGUCCCUGGUGGCAAUGAGGACCUGGCCAGAUCAUUGGAGAUCAAUCCAACCGAGUUUUCGAAAAAUGAAGCAUCGAUCACUGAGUUUUAUCCGCGUUGAGUUGUAGCUUCAUUCAUUCCUUUUACUUUGUGAAGUCACUGGCCAGAUCAUUGGAGGUCAAAUCGUCGGUAAAUUUGUUGGUUUUUGUAGUGAUGGGAUUUUGGGGGCCGCUUGGUUUGGCCUCAUCACCUGUCUCUUGCCAUACUUGAAUUGAGAAUGCAAAUGAAAAUUAUUAGAGAGAAAACUGAAUGAGAGAGUUUUUUGA